CGUACCCUUCGGCGUAGGCUCUGCGUCGAUUUAACGCAGAACCAUAAUUCAGGCUUCAGGGACCGGGAUGAAAGCAGCUUCGGGUGUCGGUCCACCCGCAGACCCGCACCGGACCGUCCAUGUGCCAGAACUUUAACCCACUUUCACGCUAGCCGCUGCCACAUGGACCAACAAGAGCGGAGAGACUGUCCGCUCCGAGCCCGGGUCCCCUCCCCCUGCGGUCGUUAGGCAGCGCCAUGGCAUCCCGGCUUCUGGACCGUCUGAAGCGCUCGCUGUUUAAAGACGGCCAGGGGGUGGAGUCGGAGCAGGAAGCUGGAGGUGGAACGGAAGAAGAAGAAGACCGUUGGGAGGCGGAGCUGGAGGAGGAAGAGGAGUGCGUGACCGACCGGCUCGGAGGGACGCUGUGCUUCGACAGCGGGGAGGGAGGUCUGGAGGACGGAGCCGAGGGCGAGGGUUCGGGGCUGGACAGCGACUCCGACUUCCUGGGAGAGUCCAUGGAGGAGGGUGCCAGCAGCACAGAUGCCAGUCCAGUGGGCGUGUCACCUGCGGGCCCCUCCCCCUCCUCUGCUCUGACCCGGCAGCUUCAGGAGAGCUGGAGAAGCCUGCGCGGACUCGGGGGCGGAAGUACCGCUCCCUCCGCGAGGCGUCAGGCGGACGGCUUGUUGUUCGAGGUGACGGACGCCAGCGUGGUGCAGGACGGGUCCUCCAAAUACGUGCUCUACACGAUCCACGUGAUCCAGUCCGGCGGCAGCGACAAGACCCCCGCCAUCAUCACCCGCCGCUACUCUGACUUCCAGCGCCUCCACGCCACUCUGCGGCGUAAAUACGGAGGACAAAUGGAGCGCAUCUGUUUUCCUCGGAAAAAGCUGCACAGGAACUUCACAUCAGAGACCAUCGCCAAGCGCAGCCGGGCCUUCGAGCAGUACCUGUCUCACCUGUGCUCCCUGUCUGCCCUGCGGGGGGCGCUGUGUGUUCGCCAGUUCUUCUACCUGGGUGACCUGCAGGCCGGACAGCAGCUCAUCAGGGCGGGACGCUUCCAGGAGGCCUUGGGUCCGCUGCUCAACGCCAAAAGACUUCAACACAAACUGGGCUGGGCAAGUUACUAUGACAACCAGGCUCAGGCCCCGCCUCCGGCUUCCUCCCAUUGGUUCUUCACCUUGGUGGGACUGUCGUGCUGUUUCAAGGAGGUGGAGCAGCUGGAGGAGGCUCGGGACCACUGCGACCACGCCCUGCGCGUUCUGACCCUUGCAGAGACUCGGCCGAGCACAGAGGACAAGCCCCUCCCACUUAUAGACGAGACGCCCCGGCUUCAAAUGAAGCCCUUCCCCUUGGACAAAGACAAGCUCCACGCGCUGCUGCCGCCGCUGUUACGGACCGUGGUUCGGCUGUCGUGGCAAACGGGAAAAGACAAGCGGCAGUGGGAGGAGCUUCUGCAGCAGCUGGAGGAGCAGCAGGCAGAGCUCGACAAUCAUCCAAGCAUCAAGGAGUUCCUGAUCAAACACGAGCUGCAGGAGAACGACGGCAACUGCUAACGCUCUCAAGGUGGUACGAUGUGGCCUUAUGGCGGGGCAGGAAGUCAGCACAGAAUUUCAAAAUAAAGUCAGAAUAUUUUGAGGAAAAUAGAGAAGUCAGUCCAAAUAUGCAAUAUUUGUCUUUUAAUUUGUUCCAAAGGGAUGAAAACACGACUUCUUGUAUGCACACUGAGGUGUUUGACCCCGGACACAUCUCCGCUCUGAAAACGGCCACGUCUGGUGAUGUGGAUGCUUUUCUUUUCCCGCAGUAGUGACCGUGACGACCUGUGAAUGUUCAUGUGAUGCGUUCAAAGCCUUAAACGAAUUCAGAGCUCAUCAUAUGCGCCGCGAGUCAGGAGAGGGACUCGUUGCUCCGGGUUAGAUGCACCGACCCGUGUUCCUCGGCCCCUUCAGCUGAGCCGUAGUCCGCUCCACUUCCCUGAGAGCCGUCAUGAACCACGUGUUUAGUGAACAUCCACCUUAAUUCAAAUGAAUAACUGAUAAUCACCACAAAGCUUCCGCUGCAGGAAAAUGAAGCUGCACUUCUGUACCUCAACAGGGUACAGAGGAGCUGACAGGGUUGCCAGGUGCUGAACCCUGUCAGUUGGUGCAUCUAUUAUUGUUGUUGUUGUUGGCUCAGCUGCAGUGAUGGGGAAGGGUUUGAGGUUCAUAUCUCGCGGUGGGCUCCAGCAAAACACGCGGACGACUUUGAUAUGCCCACGAAACCAGUUCCUGAGCCGCUCGACGUUCAUGAGGAGGAACGCUCCUGAGCAGGUUCAGUUCCUCCGGACUGACUCAUACAUGUUUCAUUAAAACAGGAUGUAGAUCAUCCGGGAGGUUGUUGAGAGAAGUCAGUGAGAAGCAGGUUUGUCUGCUGCUGUUAGAAGCAGUGGUGAGGUUCUGGACAGGGCUGACAGGUGCUCCGCGGAGUUCUGCUGGAGUCCAGCCAGCUCUCAGUCUUUGGGUCAGAAAGGGCGACGUUUUGCUGCCACACCUGUCCUGAAACGGCAGCAGUGACAAUAACAGUUUGGUCAUGCAAAAUCAAAAGUAAGGGUCUAAAAAACGUACUUUUACUCAGGUAUUGAAGUAAAAAACGUUUUCAACUCCAGCAUGUUUUAUACCGAAUUAUAAGAAAGUGACAGAGUAGUUGCAGGUGAUGGUCUCCAGAGACCCAAAUAUUCUCUUAUGGAGAGUAAGUAUGAUGUUACAAAUGUACGGCUGUGGUCUGGUAUGUUCUGUACCGGUGAGAGGACUGGCAGAGUAAAGUAAAGUUACUGUUAACCAGAACCCGUGGCCGGUCAGCUGUAUUGUUUAUGUGGAGUGUUUGUUCCUUUUCUCUGAUCUUUGAUUUCGCGUGAGAUAUUGGAUUAUUUUAAUAUUUACUGAAAUGACACCAUCUGAGAGGUGGAGACAGAGCCUGGCCAGCCUGACUCAUCCACUGGUACAGAGCGUACCGAUCCAAUCCCACGGUGGCUUAUGUGAUGACUCUCCUGGAGUGGUGGGUUGGUGGUCCCAGCGGUCCCAGCGGUCCCAGCGGUCCCAGUGGUCCCAGUGGUCCCAGCGGUCCCAGCGGUCCCAGCGGUCCCACCGGUCCCCCGUCCUGCUGCUCGGGAUUGUCCUGCAUGUUUUAGAUGUGUCCCUCGGUGCAGCGGGUUCAGCAUAAAUCUUGUCAUGACCCGCUCAUUGAGCCGGGGUUGUUGGAGCCGGCAACAUCUAGAACAUGCAGAGCAACAGGAGGACCGGUUCUGGGAAGACUGGGGAUGGAGUUGUUUCUUGGAUGUUUCACUUUGCGGAGAAGAUUUCAGUGAAAGUGUGAACUGAACUUGUCGUUCUCCUCCUGCAGUCAUCUGACAUUUCCUAUCACUUCAGCUCACAGUCGUCACUAUGAUGUGGAUGUGGUUACUAUGGCGACCUGGAGUGAUGACUGGUCAUUGCACAGAAAAAGAUGGGGGGGGGGGGCCGUGAAGCACAGAGAUGUUUUAUUUUUAUAUGAAAAGAAGUGAUGAAUAAGGGAAGAAACCACACCGUCGGCCUCCAUAUGGUGGCCAGGGAACAUGAAUGGAUGAUUUAAAUGAUUUGCACACGCUUUUGCACACGCACAGAUCUACGCACUUAUCCUGCGCUGGCGCUGCUCCAGCUCCAGCUCAGACUUGAAAUUGUGGGCCGGAGGAGGCUACACGAGCACGAGCACUGGUGUCAUGAGUCCUGAUGUUAUUUGAAGCCUUUCCGACUGUCAUUUCUCAGGUUUCUGGGUGAUGAGCAGCGACGCAGAGACACCUGCAGCUCUGCUGUUCCAUGUUUGUGAACACAUGCAGCACUCUCCCGUGUCUCUGGUCAGUCUGACAGCGUUUCCGAUCACAGACCGGCCCACUUCCCGGUGUCGGAGCGUCUGUGUUGGCAUGGACGGUUCUGUCAAAGCUCUGUCACGCUCGCCUUCCUCUCGUUCAAGCAGAAGUAUAGGGAUGCUCAUGUUUCAUGUUUUAGGCCAAAAAGGAGACUUUGUGAAGACAAAGUAGCUUUGGUUUUCUCAGAAGGAGAGGAGACAUCAGUCCUGAUGGGGAAAUUUGGGCUCAUUCAGAUCUGCAGAUCUGGACCUUCUCUGUGGAGCGUCUGAGCUUUCACUGCGUUGACCCUGAAGGUGGCGUCGCUUGGACGACGUGAAGACGCAUAUCAUUUCAAAUUUUCUUGUUUAUUUUGUCAUGAAGCCCAUUGCUCACGGAAGCAAGUGUUUUAGCGUCACGAGCAGCCCGAUUCUCAUUGAAACGAAGAACUGCAUCUGUUCUAAUGGCUCCAAGCUGAAACCAGGUUGUUCAGUAUCUGUCUUUGGUUGGUGGUGCCCUCCGAACCCUCGGUUCGAGUCGGUUUACAAACAGCCCCGGAUCAUGUAAAACCACAAAGCUCUGCUGCUAAACAAUGAACUAUGGAACCAGAUUGUUUUGAUUGGUGGUGUCUGACAUGUGCCUACGUGGAACAGUGUUUGUGUGAAACUGUAAUGUUGAGCUGCAGCUGGUUUUCAUUUGGAGAAAGCCUGAUGCUGGUAGGUGCAGCUUGGGGUCCGGUAUAUUUGAAAGGUCUGUUUCACAGCGCAGGACUCAGGUGGCAGGUGCGCUGGUCUGAUGUGCAUCAUGGACUCAUUUGAACCACUGUUCAUCCGUGAAGCCGAAGUAUUUAAAUGUGUUAAAGCUCCGCCUCCUGUUCCAUUAACACUAAGGGGGGAGGGCAAAUAUCACCUGCGGAGGGGCUGGUGCUAAAAGCCUGUGCUGGAGUCACCCACCAGGGGGCGCCAUGGAUGUUUUUAUUGGGAAUUUAUUAAGAUGGUGCUAGUUCAGUUAUAUUCAGUUAUAUUCUCAUCAUAUUCACUUGUUAGCUUUAGCUUCAUCACACAUGGAAGUGUCUGUAUUCAGCUGCAGCAAACAAGAGUUUGUUCUGUUUAUUAUUAUUAUUAUUAUUAUUAUUAUUAUUAUUAUUAUUAUUAUUAUUGUUGUACCCAAAUUAUUUUUAUUAUUUGUACCCAAAAGAGAAAGUGGAGACGGGGAAAGCUUGCAGCUGCUCCACUUGUGCAGGUCCAGUCUGUCGUGUGUAUUAUUAUUUCAAAAGUGGGUUUGGUUGUCAUAGCAAUGCUGCUUCACAGAGAUGUACACAAGCAUGUUUUAUGGAAUAAAAGUCUCAUAAA